CUCCGCUUCACUUGUGUUUUUUUUCUAAUUUUACUGUCAUUAGGCCGAUAAUUUGAUGCAUAUUUUGUAUGCAACAGUUAUUUUGACUCGUUAAAGUGUUCUAUUAUGUACCAAAUCAUUGCGGGGAAUGCUCUAAGUGCGUCUAUACACUAAAAUCAAUAACAAUCAUUGACCAACAAAGUUACCAAGAUGAAUUAUGAAGCCGAAAGAGCCAUGAAUCAGAAGCGAUUACGAAUGGAGGGCGAACCGGGCCACGGAGUUGUCCAGGGAAACGGUUUGCCGCUAAAUUAUAUAGAUAAUGGUCACCAAAUACCGUAUCAACCGUAUGCUGGUGCAUACAACACUCACUAUCCACCACCGGAGGCAUUUUCGCCUUAUGGACCGCCGCCGCCGGGGGGCUAUGCCCCACAGAACCUGUCGUACGCGCCUCCUGCGCACCAAAACUACCCGCAUCAUCAGAGUUUCCCGCCACAACAGCCGCCUCAAGCUCAGCUACACAUGCCGCAGUCCCAUAUGGUUCAAGGUUAUGGAGAUGUGGGUGUGCACAAGCCAGCCUGGCCCCCCCAACCACACUUGUUACCACCACUGGACACCCAGAAGCCAUUGGAUGUAAAGCAGCUCAAGUCUGAGAUCAAACUAGAACCAACAGAUGCUCAGAAAAGACCACACCCUGAGAAUGAGAUGCUGGCGAGGCAGAGAGAGUUCAAUGUCCACAUACCCAGUACCUUGGGUGGUGAUCUAGAUCAGCCUAAAAUAAAGAUAAAGACGGAUAUAUUCAAGCCGGACGACUUAGCACACAGACAGGACAAGCCUAUUGAUGUCGGUCAAAAGUCGUUGACUCUGGACGGAUCACAGAAGCCUGCUGACUUGCAAAAUAAAGAUGAUGGCCAUCCAAUCAUUGGUGUUGAGAAUAAGGCUAUGGACAAACCAACCGAAUCCUGCAAAGCUGAGGGUGCGGCUGAAGGCGGCGCUGGCGAUUCACAAAGAGCCGCCGAACCAACCACUCUUAGUGACAAGAGCGAGGAGGAUCGAAAACCGUUCAGCAGUCCAGAGCUUCCGAAGUCAGGCUCCAUACCAGGAAAAGUGCCGACUCCAGGCAGCGAGCCCAAGAAGAGGGGGCGACCGAAGGGGUCGACGAACAAGCCGAAGCCGCCGGGAGCUUCGCCCCGCGCCCCCGGGCCCGCGCUGCACGCGCCCCGCGCCCCCGUCCCGCGCCCCCUGCCGCCGCCGCCGCGCCCCCGUGCCACUGGCUACCAGUACGCCAUCAGACCAUUCAGGAAGGACUUCUCUGGAAUACAGUUUAGAAGGCGAUGGAGCGACGACUGCCUGGACUCGUCCCACAUCCCGAACGAGGUGUACUUCGGCGACGUGCCGGUGUCCAUGGAGGUGCUGUUCAACUACUACGACGCUAACGCCGAGCGCGAGAAGCUGGCGACGCAGGCCGCGCACAUUGCCGCGCAGAAGGCCGCCGCCGCUAAACUCGCCGCCGCCAAGCUCCAGGCCAGGGGAAUCAUGCCCGCCUCCACUGAGGUAACGACAGUAGACUCUUCAUCAUCAGACGACUCCUCAGGUUCCUCCGGCAGUGACUCUGAAGAGAGUGACGAAGAUACGCCACUGAAGCGCGGACCAGGAAGGCCGAAGGGUUCUAAGAACAGUCCGAGAGCUCCCGGGACCCCCGCCGCGGGCGGCACGGGGUCCACACCCACCACACCGGGGACCGGGCGACGAGGCCGGCCCCCUGUACCCCCAGAACUGCGCCAACCUGGCAUCACAGACAUGAAGAAGUUCUGCAAAGCUGCUGGAAUACGGUUCGACUACAAGAAGCUUGUUGAAGGUUGUACGAAAAACAAAGAGCGUGUCCAGAAGAUGCUGGACUUGCUGAUCGCGGCUGGGUUGGAAGGUAAACCCACGCUGGAGAAGUGCCAAGCGCUGAAAAAAGCAAAGAUCGAGAAGAAAGAACAGGAGAAACAAGCAAAGAAGGAGGCUAAAGUUAAGCACAAAGAAGUUGUUUCGGAAAAGGAAGGUGGGGUAUCAAGGCGGAUGACGCGCGGCGCGACAGGUGUGAAGCCACGCCAGCGUAUCGUGAUCUCUUCAGACGAGGAGGACGACACGCCCGCCGCACGACGAACCCUCUCCAAACUGCGCUCCUCGCUCAAUGACGACUCUGACUCUGACUAGGUAAAACUGAAUUUCCCUGCCUGGUAAGAGUACGCAAUAGACAGUACAAUCGAUACAAUACUUGUAGCGGGCAGUGAAACAAGUGACCUCUAGAAAGUGCUUCGACGGAGGUCCGGCUUGUAAGGUAGCCGUAGUCGGUAUGCGUUACUUCCUACUAAAGUUAGUGUUUGCGUCGGAAUUAGUAUGUGGUGGUAGUUGACAAAAAUGGCGGCGCGACGGGACGGGUGACUGAAGAAAUGAACGAAAGAUGAACAUUAAUCUACUUAGUUACAAUACUUGGUCAUUUCCCUAGAAAGUUCUAUGGAUAUA